CGAGGCACCGUAGAAGCAGCGCCACUUAUUUCUGUUGAAUGUUCCGCUUGUUUCUCGUCAUAAGUAACGGUUAGGUAAAAAAAGAUAUAAAGUAGCGCGGUGUGGAUUUAACGCGUAAAAAGCGCAUUUAACGUUGUUUAAAUUAAGAAUUCGAUUUCAUUUUAUAAAGUAAAACGGCAAAACAGUUAUUCGUGAAAAUCGUUGUAAAGCAGUGACAAGAAAAUCCAGACGAGUGGCGCGUCUGUGCAAACGGCUCUCUGGUCGUAUGACGUAAUUGUAUUGAUCGCGGAAGAAGAGCCGAAAGUCGCGCAUUCGCCAUCUUGGACGAAUUGUGGAAAAGAAGUAUCUGUGUCUCACAGGCGCGGUACACUUAUAACUGUUGUAAUCCGUGGCGAUCCGGAUAUUAAUUAGUUUAACUGGGAAUUAACCCUUUUGUGAACUAGAUACCCAUUUGGACGGACCAAGACAAAAGGUUCGUUCUUUGGGUCUGAUUAGUACUAAAUGGUUGCCUGCAGACAGCAUGUCUACUCUGUCAGGGCCUGUGUCGAAGGGGGAGAAAGGAAAAUCCAAGUUCCAAUCAUUAGAUAUCAAUAGUUUAUACAGAGAAUAUAGAGGUGAAUCUUUGGAGCAGCAACAACAAAAGAACACAUUACCACGCAAACAUGGAAUGCAAAGUCUUGGAAAGGUGCCUUCGGCACGGCGACCUCCUGCCAAUCUGCCUAGUUUGAAAAGCGAACAUAGUAGUAGCGAUCCAGCUGUUAGUCUUGUACCAAGCGGAGGAAGUGGUUGGGCUACUACCAAAGAUAUAACAACGACAACCACUACCAUCACAACCACCACAACUACAACUUCAUCGGAUACAGCAAUUUCAAAUUCUUCACCGGCACAAUGUGCAGUGGGGACUACUGCAACACCGACAUUACAUCCGUUACUGCCAGGACAACCAAGCAUUUCCCAGUCUUCGUACACCUCCGACGCGAAUAUCAAAUCGUCAUGGAGCGCGAUAAUGAGCAGAUCGGGAGAUGGCGGUGCAUCUGUAGGCCAACAACAUACCCAACAACAGCAGCAGCAGCAGCAGCAGCAGCAACAGCAGCAGCAGCAGCAGCAGCAGCAGCAGCAACAACAACAGCAACAACAACAACAACCGACAAAUCGAGAAUUAAGUGCUCAAUACGGACCCGGACCAAGUUUACGCCCCCAAACGGAAGGAAGCUGGAUACAAGGUGGAAGUCGCACAGCCAGUGGUGCAGGGUUAGGGACGGGUGGUCCCGGCUCAGGAACUACUUCGGUGGUCCAGGGCCCCCCUUUGAAUGCCACUGGAUCGGGAGGACAUGCCGACGCACCUGGCGGACGACAGAACUUGGUCCAAUCUCCCAACAUGGCCAUGGCCCAGGGAGGCCCGCAUAAUGCUCCAAACAGUCAAAACGCGUUAAGUUCUGGCUCUCAUCAAAUUGGUCCAAAUUUGCAUCACUAUAGAGGACUGAUUCCUCCGUUUAUGUACAGAGGAAAUUUUACCGGUGGAUUUCCUUCGCAGUUUUCAUCGAACACCGGUCCCAGUGGACCCAGACCACGAUUUAAUUACACCUCGGAACGAUUUCCUGCCCCAGCCCCGCGUCAACAAGAACGCGAACGCGUUCCCGAGGAAGAAAUUGUUACACGACCGAUUAUCAAAGAGGAGGACCUUACUCGAAUGGAUGAUAUUUCUCGCGACGCUGGUUGGGCAGAGCAAGACGAUAUCGAUUAUAAUAAGAAACUUACUUUCAGCGACGAUGAAACCGAUCUAGAACCACUAAAGAAAGACGAGAAAAAAGAUAGUACAGAGGAAAAAAUGGAAGAAAAUUCAACAGAAGAUAGAGAUAAAGUUCGGGAUAACCGUGAUAUUCACGAUAACCGGGAGUUGAAAGAAUCAUCCCGAGAUCAACCGAUUCAUCGUUCAUGGACUCAUAGCUCUUUGCCACGUGACUAUCGCGGAUCCAAUGGAUCCGGUAGUUAUAACAGCGGUCAAUCACAAUUGCACAUGGUGCAUUCUUUGAGAGGUGUAGAAGACGACGAAGGAUGGAACGAAAAACGACGAGUAGUGAGAGUAGAGGUGGCGUCGGUUACCGAGCGUGCUCAACAACGUAAAGAAGAAGUGGAGAAACUGUACGAAGAAUCGAGUAGACAAGCAGCAGCUAAAAAACAACAAGACGUUGAACAAAAACUGAAAGACAAACAGUCGAAUGAAUCGAAAAAUUUGAUAAGCGCCCCGCCCGUUCCGAUUCCGGUACCGGAAUGGGAACGCGAUAGGGAAAACAGAGAACGAGGAGAGCGCGGUGACCGAGGAGACCGAGGAGACCGAGGAGACCGGGGAGACCGGGGAGACCGGGGAGACCGAGGAGAACGAGGAGAACGAGGAGAACGAGGAGAGCGCGGAGAACGAGGAGAACGGCCCGGUGUCGGAUCUUCCGAGGUGAAAGACGAAAAGUCUUUGACGCGCGAAUCUCGCGAAAAUAGAGACGGUUCGAAAUACGGUAGAGAGUCCCGAGAUUCGUUGAUAUCAGAUUUUCGACAAGUCGAUCGGCAGAAUUUCAUCAGACAGCAGGAUGGGGUACGCUGCGAUCGAGAUCGAACGCGCGAUAUCGAUCGCGAGCGCGAGCGCGAACGCGAACGAGAGAGGGACAUAAUACGCGAACGAGAGAGAGAAAGGGAAAGAGAUAUGAUCCGCGAACGAGAGAGAGAAAGAGAUAUAAUACGCGAACGCGAGCGCGAGCGAGAUCGCGAUCAAAGGGACACGAGAGAUCGCGAUUUACCCACGUUCUCCCGGUUUUUUCAAUCAAACUUACCACCGCGAUUUCAAAAGCAACAAGCGGAGAGAAGCAACGCCGGAUUCAAUCGAAUCUCGCCGAGUACCGAGAGGUCGUCUAUUCAGACAGUCUCGUUCUCCCAGCAGUACGAUCCCAGCAGAUGGCUUCACAAUCACAGUUCUUUAAUAGAUAACAGUUUGAAGCAGUCUCACGGCAGUGCUCCCUCGCAACGUCGAAGCAGAACAGAUUCCGACAUCUCUGUGUCGAUAGAGGACGAACGACCUCCGUCCAGAGAUUAUCGCGGGUCUUUCCUUCGAGAAGAUCGAUACCGGCAUUCCUUGCACCGACCUUACGAUACCCGCAAACCGGCUGGCUACAGCGACGACUACUCCCGCAAUUACAGAGAUCACGAUUACGACGACAGACAUUCCCGUGAUUCUUGGGAACGUGAAAGAUACUACGACGAUAACAAAGAUCGAGAUUCGAAAGAUAACUUAGAGGCGAGAGACGUCAGAGAAAAUCGGGAAGCCCGCGAAAAUCGAGCAGUUCGAGAUAUAAGGGAAAAUCGAGAAAGAGAUAAUAAACUUAAAAAGGAUUAUGAUAAUUAUUUAAAGGAUCCUUUCGAAGAGCGUGAUCGCGAGCGUGAUAGAGAACGAGAUCGCGAUCAGAGAGAAAGAUCGGAAAGCGUCGAAUGGCGGGAUGAUCGUAUCACGCAAGAUAGGUCGAUCGAUAAUCGCCGCGACAUGCAACGCGAACGGGAACGCGAUCGCGACCGUGAUCGCGAUCGUGACAGAGAGCGGGAUCGCGAUCAGAGAGAAAGAUCGGAAAGUGUCGAGUGGCGGGAAGAUCGUAUCACGCAGGACAGGUCGAUCGAUAAUCGUCAUUCGUUGCAUCGACCUUACGAUACCCGGAAACCAGGUGGCUACAGUGACGAGUACUUACAGCAACGGGACGACCGAGUGGAACGCAACGAGCGCCCGCAGAGACCGGAUUCUCGCGACAGUCGUACUUCUCGAGAAUCGAAGACUUCCUUGCGCGAAGAAGACUCGCACAAGUUGCGCGAUUGCAGUUCCUGGGCGAACGAGGUUGCCGAUUACGAGGAGAACAAGCGAGAUACAUAUCACGAGGACACCCGGGAAAGAGAACGAGAGAGAAGGCAACCCCUUGGACCGGUCACGAAGGAGAGAAUCGAAGCGGACGAACUGAAAGCGGAGAAACGGAAUUUAACCCAGCUGAAGAGAACGAGCUCCGAGCACGACAAGAAGGAGCAGUUGAAGGAAUCUGCUAUCGAGACGAAAAAGGAACCGGACGUCUGGAGUUGGAAAGUCGAGCGGAUAAACGACACCAAUCGAACCACGGAGAGAGGCGAGAAUUCCCCAAAGGCGUGGGCCGACGCCGUCUCCCCUACCUUCGAGAAGGAAGAGGAGAAAAGCUUGGACAGCGUCAAGAACGACAAGGAGCCCGACGAGCUGUUGAAGCAAAAUCUCGAAAAGUUGAGCUUGGACAAGAGAGAGAGGGACAGGGAGAGCGUUCUGAACGAAGACGCGAUCACGGAACAGCAGGCGAAGGAGGAGAAGCGGGAGAAGAGCAUUCGGAACAGAACGAGUAGCGGCGGAUCGAACUCGAGGGUUCGCGAAUCUCGCGGGGGGCGACAAUGGGCUGGUACUUACAGCACGUACACCAGGGGUUGGCGUAGCUCGGAGUCCAGGGGGCGGAGGGGCGUCCACAGAACCGCGGGCAGACCAGCUUCCGCCAGAAGCGGCUCGUACGGGCAUUCCGACUCGGAGAACAGCGGCGACGAAAUAUCUUGCUCGACCGAGUCCGGCAAGGAAGAGAAAAAGUCCGCCAGAUCGCCGAAGCCGAAUCAAAAGGCGGAGAAGGAGGAGCGCAAUCGAGAGGUAUCCAACCGAGACGAGAAGCGAGCGGAUUACUCGCAACAGCAGCGAAACGAGAAACGAGCUUACGACGGUAAAUCGAGCCACGAAGGGUUCGCUCCUUCCGGGGAACCUUCUCGUCACGGUCGGGGCGGCGUGCGAAUGCGAAGCGCCACCAGUACCGGAAAUCGCAUGGAAGGUUACGGGCCACCAUCCAGCAAGAGCCCCUUUUCCUGCGAACGAACCAUCGACGAGAAGCGCCAAGAACCCUCGAAUUCUUUGCGGCAGAAUCCGGUGAUAUCGACUGCCAUUUCCGAGAAGGAACCAAAUUCGCUCGCCUCCUCGCAGCUGGAGUCCGCCGAUGAUAAAAUUAUCGCGAAGCAACAGGCGCUCACAGCUGGAAUUACAGGGAAGCGUGCCAAGUCUCCGAUUCAACAGUCCCAGCAACAUCCACAGAAUCAACAACUCUGCAACAAACAGGACGUAAAUCACACGAGCAGCAACCCUGUUGCUCAGAAGGUACACGGCCGUAAAGAAGAAUCGUCGCGCUCGAAAAGAACUCGUAGCGCGAGCAGAAGGGGUAGAGAUAAUCGAGAGUCGCGGUAUCGUGGAAGUAGCAGCAACGUGUCGAAGCAAAACUCCUCGGAUAUCGGAAACGAAGAUUGGGAAACAACGUCGGAGAACAGCGAGGAACACGUAGAGGAACACAAAGAGAUGCGAAACAGUCGCAAACAGUUUGGUACGCGCACGAGCUCCAGUGGUAGCCAAAACACUGCCGGAUCGAACGUGCACUCCCGGCGAAACGAGCAAGCGGCAGGCAACCGGGAACAGCGAGAAAAACCCGCAAAGUCUUCCAAUUCAACGUCUCGCGCGCCUGGCGCGGAAAAGCGAAACGUGCAAAAUUUGGGUUUCGCCAAUCAAAAGAGUCACGCCAGCAGCAUUCCGCCUCUGAUGCAGUCCGCUCAAAUUCAGAACGGGAGGUCGAGAAGUCAGACUUCCGGGAGCAACGCGAUGUUGAAUAAAUCGGCUGCGAAGGAUGCCACCGUCAAUCGUAUAGACGAAAUCAAAUUGACCGAUCCGAAUUUGGUCAGUCAAGCUCUGAACGAUAUCAACAAAAAGUCACAGAUAAAAGAGAAAAAGAUUAUGGUCGAUUACGAGAUGGAACCCAACAAUUGCGCCGAAGACGGGACGAACGUGAUCGAGAAAAAGGUCGAUUCGGACGGUUUCCAAGAGGUUCGUUCGAAAAAGAACGUCAAAGAAUCCAGACACGGACAGAAGGAAGAAGCGGCGAAACCGUUGAAACGCGAGAAGGAGAAAGAUCGGGAGCGCGAUCGUUCGAAAUCGAAGGCCAACGGUGGUUCCCAGACAUCUUCGUUGCAACAGGUGCAGAAUAUACCGCCUCUGUUGGGCCAAACCAUUCCACAACCGGCGAACAUGUUGCAAAAGCAACACGAUAGGACGCGCAGUCAAAAAUUGGUCGCCCCUAGAUUCUUGAAGCAACGCUUGGCGAAACAACAGCAACAACAGAUGUGCACGUCAGAGUCGAACGACUCGAACAACGCGUACAGCAAUAAGGAUUCGUCGUCGAGCGGGCCCGCGCCGCCACCGUCGGUGAACGCUUGGGACAAACCGUUCACGACCAGCCAGUUGCGGUCAACCUCGCCGUCCGCGGUUUCCGCUGAUCUUCCAUUGAUGUCUGGUAUGUCGUCGCAAAACGACCACGGUCAUAUCCACGCUCACGAAAUCAACGAGCAGACCAAUUCUGGAAACAGCAGCCAACGAAAUUCGCCGAACAAUGAAAAGCCCAAUAAGAAUUUGAAGGAACAGCUCUCGGAAAAGAAUUCGGUGUCCGACGUUUCUUCGCCUCCCGUGCAAACCUUGAUCUUCGAAAAUACGAAUUACUCGAAAACCACUAAGGCUGCUCCCUCCGACCUAGCCGUUAAAACCAAAUUUCCGAACCAUAUGAAGAAUCAACAACAGCAGCAGCAGCAGCAGCAGCAGCAGCAGCAGCAACAGCAGCAACAACAACAACAACAGCAGCAGCAACAACAACAGCAACAACAACAACAACAACAACAACAGCGUGUCGAAAAACGUGGAGAUUUGGAGGAAGCGCCACAAAUACCAUCCCCCAAAUCAAGAAACUGUAAACAACAAUCUUCGUCCCAACAACCUCAACCGAGUCCCACGCAACAUCACAAGUAUCAACAGUAUCAAGGCGUUAGUCAAUCUGCUUUGGUUUUACAGCAAAAUGUACGUGGUAUGGGAAUGCCACCUCGUGCUGGUAUUCAGCCUUCGCAACAACGAUAUCCGCCACCUAUUCAAAGACCGGUCGUUCCUUUCACACCGGGCCCAAACCCGAACAAUCCUACUCAACAGCAACCCAAUUGCAUGCCGUCGCAACAGCAGCAGCAACAACAACAGCAGCAGCAGCAGCAGCAACAGCAGCCACCGCAAACACAAAUUAAUCGUCACAGACCGAAUAUGCAUCAACAGCAACAACAGCAACAGCGCAACAUGAAAAUGCAACAACAGUACUAUUCGACGCAAGGAAACGUAAAGAUGGAUACAACCGAGAAAACGGAUUCUCACAAUGAUAAAAUAAACGAUAAUGGGUCCGGUGCUCAACAAGGAAACACUAAAGGAAACGUCAAUCAACAGGACAAUGACAAUAAAGAAGAAGUGAACCAACAAAAUGAGUGAAUGUGAAAAAGCCCGUUCAUUCUACCAUUUGAAAG